UAGAUAAACGUCAGACUAGUCUGCCGAAUUUCUUUUUUGUAAAUUUAUUGAAAUAUUAAUUGCCGGAAAAAUCUUAAAGAAAGAAACAAAAUUUACGAAAACCUUAUACGUUUUUCCGAAUAAUUUUAAGUAUAUUUAGGUAGUGUGGAAAUUAUUUCCUUAGCCAAAAACCAAAAAAUAAAAAGAAUGAACCCCUGUGCUGUGCCCACCCAACACCCGGACGUAGAUGGCGACGAACGCUGGAUUUGCAUUCAUCGCCGAUUUAUUUCUGAAUGUCGUGAAAAGGAUCCUGACGUUAUAUUUCUGGGAGAUUGUGUUCUAGAAACACUGCAGGAUUCGGAAACAUGGAAUGAAUAUUUUGCACCAAUGCAUUGCCUUAACUUCAGCAUACGUGGUGAUAGAACGGAAAAUGUGCUUUGGCGUGUGGAAAACGGUGAACUGGACAAUGUUAAACCGAAGAUUGUGGUAUUGCAUGUGGGCACUAAUAAUACGGAAAAUACGGCUGAGCAGAUAGCGGAAGGUAUAGUGGAAAUUGUGCAAAGAAUACGUGCGAAGUUGCCGGACACUUAUAUCGUAUUACCUACAUUACUGCCUCGCGGUCAGCUACCAAAUAAAUUGAGAGAGAAAAACGAUGCGGUAAAUCGAAUUGUUAAGGAAAAAGUAAUUGGUCUCAAUCAGGUGCAAACUGUUUGCAUUGAUAAGGGUCUGCUGCAAACAGACAACACCAUUAGUCAUCACGACAUGUUCGACUAUAAGAAUUUGACGAAUAGUGGCGCGAAAAAAGCAUUCGAGCCGGUUUAUGAUUUACUCUCGCAGAUUUUGAAUGAAAAUGAACCAGAAAAGGAUUUAACGCCAUCAGAAUAGUUGCAUGGAUAUGCCUAUUGGGCCGAAAAGGUCCAAUAAACUCUUGUAACUGCAUUAUCGACAUCGGCAUCACACAAACGGAACGAAGACUACAAAUGCCAGAUAAAAGUUUCCUCGGCAGCUUAAAGCGGCAACUGGUCAUUUCUUAAAAUGCUCACAUAAAAAAGCUAAUUUAUAUACAAAAACAAAACUAAAAAAAAUCAACAAUUAUCUCAUCACCUAAAAUAUAUUUUAUAUUAUUUAUUAUAUUAAUUUAACAUGCAUGGAUUCAUAUUAGCACUUAUAUAAGUAAAAUUUCCAAAGAGUAUGUUGGCCUUUGCGCUUAUAUGAGAGAAAUUUAAUUAUAAUUGCUACUUUUGAUAGGAAUAUGCUUUGCAGAGAUCUCAAAAUCAAUUGUAGAAAUGGAAAACGCACAUUCCACAUCAUGUAAAAAAUGUAAUUGAACAACCAAAUUGACCUUUAGCGCCAACAUACAAAAUCGAAAAAAAAAACAAAAAAUAUAUUAUAUCUUCCAUAUUUCAUUUAACUGAGUCGCACUAUAUAUGUAUUAUUUUUAUUGAA